AUGUCUGCCUCCCAGGUCACUGCCGAAUUCGCAUUCCACAAACCGGGCACGCAGCCGCCCGUCUACAUCGCCGGCAGCUUCACUGAUCCACCAUGGCAGCCACAUGAGAUGGAAGCCGCCAAACGGGAUGACGGCGAGUACAUCUUCAAACGGAGUUGGCCUGUGAAAGGAGGGAUCGAUAUCCAGUACAAAUACCGCAUCGGAAAUGGGGAUUGCUGGGUACUUGAUGAAGGCGAGCAAGUCGUCGACGAUGGCCACGGCAACCUCAACAAUACGCUCAGCACCAGUCGAUUCACCAGCGAAUACAAGGAAGGCGACACGGGCAAAUUGCUUCUACCACGCGUCGGCGCGCUUCGUGACUCAGAACGCCCCAGCCGUACAGUCACUCCCGACUUUGUCAGGACCACAAUCGAGGUAUCGGACUCGGCCGCCCUUUUACAUGACGAAGUGCCAAGUCGCGAGGUGCCUCGCCAUCUUGCUUCGACCGCAGCAGAUUCGCCUCAGGAGAUCCAUACACCCAUAGAGGAGGUUGCAAGAACAGCGGCGGAAGUAGCCAACACCGCGGCAAAACUCGACGAUGAAGAUCUAUCUGGCGAGGACGAUAAUGAUGAAGCUCACCCCGAUGACCCGCCUAUGCUUGCACAUGAGUGCAUGUUUGGUGAAGACAGCAAUCGGGAAUACACCAGCCGUCCACCCGAAAACCUUUCGCCAUCUCCGAAGCGCAAUUUGGACCGAUGGGAAAAGGACGAGACAGUGCAGCCCGACAUUGACCUUGACGAUCCUCGCCUGGAGCGGUUCCCGUCCGAGCGCUCCGCUAUUUACGCAACAGUUCGGCGCCUUUCGACCAGUGUAGACCAUGACGAUGUUGGUACCACGCUGGCCGUCCCACGAUCUCCAGGCGCUUAUCCAGACGACAGGAUGUUGGGGGAAGGAUACGCAGCGUCCCCCAUUGACAUAGACUCACCAGCGGACGGCAGUCGAUGGCUGAGGACCUCUGAUGCCAGCCACAGCCCUGACAAGGACGUGGGGCUGAAGUCGGUCUCCUCCCUACAAUCCAUCCCAGAGGGUGACGAUGACGAGGCACCGAGGAAGACUAGUCGGACAAGCCGGCCCAGCAGACCAGCAGAGCCGAAAUCAUACAACAAGUCAAACGAAGGAGGCGGUCAUGUCGACGAUGAAGGAAUAUCCAUGAACGUCCCUGUACGGGAGAGAACACCGAAAUAUACUUGGGAGAAGAAGCCCCGGGGUAGGUCUGGUUCACUUACAGAUCACGAUGCCAUGACUGGAGCCGACGAUGCCGGACCAUCCAUGGUGGCCAUCAACCAUACACAGAUUGACACCCCUGACGUCUUGGUCCACGGCCCAGAAUUGGUUGAUGACGGAGGUGAUUGCACAACCAGCAGCGGAUAUGAUACGGUGCCCAAUAUGAAGGAAGGCUCCAAGGCUGGGGCGGCCAAAGCGCAGAUUCCUGCCCAGCGACCUGGUACGCGCUCCACUGUUCACUCGGUACAGACCGUAGCCUCUUUGCAAAGCCCCAAGUCCAGCUCAACGUGGCUCAAGUCCUGGUUCCGUGUGGUGUUCAUAGACUUCUUUGGGGGGAUCUUCAAGAGACUGUUCAGACGCUAA